ACCUAAGUGGCAACCAAAAAAGAAACGAGCUGCGUUUUUUCGCACAUAAAAAUCAAUCGGAAAUAAAUAAAACUUGCUACAAUUGCAACAAUUAAAUAGCUUUAUAUGCAAAAGCUAAACAGCAACAAAAGUUGUUGUUGUUGCUGCUGCGCUGUCGCCGGGCGAUCGAUCCUUGUUGGCUACGGGUCUUGCAUGCGUGCCCGUGCUCUGGUGGCCAACUAAAUAAUGUGGAACAUGAUGUGCGACGUAAUGCCCACAAUAUCGGAAGACAGCAUAUCGCAGCGCUCGUCGCAGUUCAGCGGCGAGGAUGCCAACUUUGAGCAGCUCAUGGUCUCCAUGCUCGAUGAGCGGGACAAGCUUAUGGACAGCCUGCGCGAGGCACAGGAGAGGCUGGGCGAAACGGAGGGCAAGCUGCGCGAUGUCGAGAAGGAGCGCGACAGCCUCCAGCGUCAGAUCAAUGCCAAUCUGCCGCAGGAGUUCGCCACGCUCACCAAGGAGCUGACGCAAGCGCGCGAAACCUUGCUGGAGCGGGACGAGGAAAUUGGUGAGCUCAAGGCGGAACGCAACAACACGCGGCUUCUGCUGGAGCAUUUGGAGUGCUUGGUGUCGCGCCAUGAGCGUUCCCUGCGCAUGACCGUGGUUAAGCGGCAGGCGGCCGCCCAAAGCGGCGUCUCCAGCGAGGUGGAGGUGCUCAAAGCGCUCAAAUCCCUGUUCGAACAUCACAAAGCGCUCGACGAGAAGGUGCGCGAGCGUCUGCGUUUGUCCAUUGAGAAGAACAAUGUGCUGGAGGAAGAGCUGAACACAACCAAAGAGGAGCUAAACCAAUAUAAAACGGGCGCUUUGCAAGCCGGCGGCAUCAACUCGGCCGGCAAUGCGAGCGGGGAAAAUGGCAUCAAAGAGAAGCUGGCGAGCGGCGGCGGCGGCGGUGGAGUCAAUGGUGAUGCCAGCGAAAUAAAUGAAUAUGCGGCCAAAACACACGAGCUACAAACGAUCAUUGAGAAGCAGACCUCGGAAUUGUCUCAAUGGCAGCGUCGCGUCUCCGAUCUGAACAGCAAGAUCAAUGAGCUGGAGGAGAAUAUGUCGCGAGUGCAAAAGGAGCACUGCAAGGCGCAGGAUCAGUGCUCGAAGCUGCAGCGCGAUCUGCGCGAAAAUGUGGCACAAAAGGAAGAUCAGGAGGAGCGUAUAACUACGCUGGAAAAGCGCUAUUUGAAUGCUCAACGCGAGUCCACAUCGCUGCAUGAUCUGAACGAGAAACUGGAGCAGGAGCUGCGGCACAAGGAGGCACAACUAAAGCUGCACGAAGAGAAAAUCAGCGCAAUUGAAGAGAAACUCGAACUCUCUGAGCAAAAGCUGGCGCAACAUGCCAAACUGCAGCCGGACAUGGAGGAGCAGCUAAAGGCGCGCAUGGAGGCAUUGACAAAGGUAGGAAAUAAGGCUCAAGAACGUCAUGGCUCGGCGGAGGAUCGCAUACGGGCCUUGGAAACGAAUUUGGAUGAGAAGAGCGCCGAGGUGGUAAGACUGAAUCAGCGUCUCAAGAUGAAUGAAGAGCACAAUUUGCGUUUGUCCUCGACGGUGGACAAACUGCUGUCCGAGUCGAAUGAACGGCUGGAGGUGCAUCUAAAGGAGCGUAUGCGUGCGCUGGAUGAGAAAAAUGCACUGACCCAGGAGCUGGAGAAGGCGCGCAAGGUGGCCGAGGAGCUGCAUCACGAGAAGAGCGAAAUUAUGAAGGAGCUAUCCAAGACACGGCUCGAAAUCGAGAACUUCAAGCGUCAGCUGCUCCAGCAAGAGAUCGCCUACAAUAUACAGCAGACGGAGGCGCUCACCCGUAGCCUAUCGCCCAGCAGCGUCGUGGAUGGGGGCAACGCUUUUACCCGCAGCGCAUCCCAUGCCAGCUUCGAGACGCAUUCGCUGCGACGCCAGAGCAAAUCCCGUCUCUCCGAGGAGAACGCGCUGGCCCGCUCCAUGGCCGAGCAGGAGUGGGAGAAGCUGCAAAUGCAACAGGUGGCACACGCCCAGCAGCAGGCGUACGACUUGGUCGCCAGUGUGACAGAUUGCGAUGAUAGCGAUGCGCUCUAUGCGGCUGCCACGGCGGAUAUGAUGUCGCCAUCGGGCCAUACGGAUGCACAAACGCUGGCCAUGAUGCUGCAGGAGCAGCUGGAUGCCAUCAAUAAUGAGAUUCGACUCAUACAGGAAGAGAAACAAUCGACGGAGGCACGCGCCGAGGAGCUGGAAUCGCGUGUCGGCAGUCUGGAGCAUGUGAAUCUAUUGUCACGCGGCCGUUCCAUGGACAGACAAAGUCCGCCCAUGAGCGGGCGUAGUACGCCCAACAGUCCGCAGCGCGAUUUCAUGCAAAAAUAUCAUACGCUUAACUUGCCCGUGCUGUCCAGUGAUGCUUCGCGCGAGGAGCUGCACGGCGGCAUGUCCACCACCGGCGAUUCAAGUUCCGGCGGCGCUGCUUCACCAUUGACAGCACGCUCGAUGCGUUUGGAGCGCGUCGCCCAGGCGCUGGCCCAUAGCCAGGAGGAGCUGCGUCGUCGCACAAUGGCGCCCGCUGCGUCGCCACACGUGAACGCUCACAUGACGUUAAACACACACAGCUAUGGCCUGUCGCCGCUUAGCUCCCGGUAUGGCAGCCAGGAGUCGCUGCGUCACUACAACACGAUGGGUUCCAUGUCCAUGCUGCAGACGCCAACGUCGGGCGUGUCAAGGGAAGCGGCCGCCGCCGCUGCCGUUCAGAAGAAGAAGGGCAUCAAAUCGUCGCUGGGACGGUUCUUUAGCAAAAAGGAUAAGGUCAAGGGCGUUAAGGAUACACUGCCGGACGGCUCGCCCAGCAUGAUGUCCAUUGGCAAUCUAUCGAUUGGCCUAAGCGAAGUGGAUUCCAACUAUGAUGUCAUGAGCAUGACAGGCGGCAUGAUGCCGCGCAUUGCCAGUGCACCGGGCUCCAAGAUCAGCAGCGUUGACUACGGCAGGCAAAAGAAGGAUCACGAUUAUCGCAACGAUCUGCUGGGCGAGGCGAUGAAAGCGGGCACGCCAUUCGCCCUGUGGAACGGACCCACCAUUGUCGCCUGGCUGGAACUGUGGGUGGGAAUGCCCGCCUGGUAUGUGGCCGCCUGUCGUGCUAAUGUCAAAUCCGGCGCUAUUAUGAGCGCACUAAGCGAUACGGAAAUACAGCGGGAAAUAGGCAUUAGUAAUCCGCUACAUAGGCUCAAACUACGUUUGGCCAUACAGGAAAUGGUUUCACUAACUUCACCCUCAGCGCCGCAAACAUCCCGUACGACGUUAGCGUUUGGGGAUAUGAAUCACGAGUGGAUCGGCAAUUACUGGCUACCUGGGCUGGGAUUGCCGCAAUAUCGCACAACCUUUAUGGAGUGUCUAGUCGAUGCGCGCAUGUUGGAUCAUUUGACCAAGAAGGAUUUGCGCGGCCAAUUGAAAAUGGUUGACAGCUUUCAUCGGACCAGCCUGCAGUAUGGCAUCUCAAUGCUCAAACGCUUAAACUAUGAUCGCACAGAGCUGGAGCAUAGGCGCAAGAUGAGCGAGAAUGGGCUCUGCGAUGUGCUCGUGUGGAGCAAUGAGCGUGUCAUACGCUGGGUGGGCAGCAUAGGACUGAAGGAAUAUGCCAAUAACUUGCUCGAAUCGGGUGUCCAUGGUGGUCUGAUGGCGCUGGAUGAGGGCUUCGAUGCCAAUGCAAUGGGCCUGGCACUGCAAAUACCCACGCAAAAUGCGCAGGCACGCCAAAUACUCGACACGGAGUUCAGAAACUUGCUGCAAAUUGCCACAGAUCGCAGGCCGGAUAGCGAACAGCGCAGCGCAUCCUGAUGCAGUUAUAGUCCGCCCACAACAUCGGUGGAUGAGUAAAACAAUCUAAACUAACUUUCAAAAGAGAAAAGCCAGCACAGCGUCAAUAUUUCCUAAACGCUGCGAAAGACAACUAAUAAUGGAGCAUAUAUAUAUUUAUAUAUGAGGAAUGAGGAAAUGGAAACAAACAGACAAACAACUAAGCCACAAAAUUCUAACAAGAAAGACGCAACGCAAGAGACUCCCAGGCUCAGAAUAUACACUGACUGGGCCCAAUUCCCAUCCCCCUCCCUCCUCCCCAGCAUGAUGCACGUCUAAUCUAUUUAUAUAAAUACACACAUGCCUACACACACACACACACACAGAAAUAGUCAUAUAAUCCAUUACAAGACAAUGUAUACAAGACAUAGCACAUACUCUAUAUAGGAAAUACGUACGUAUACAUACAAAGCGUGUAUGUAAACAAUUUGCACGGGCGCCCUGCUGCUAAUGUUGUAGGCAUUGUACAAGUUUUAGAUGCUAAUCAUUUUUGUAAUUGUUUUAUUUUAAUUAAUAUUUUUUUAUAAUUUUUUUUAACAAUGUGACAUAUAAUUUAGAUUGUAAUAUAAAUUGGGCUUGCAAUAGACUAACAGUAUUUUGUUUUAGCUGCAGAAUAUAUAUAUAUACAGAGAUGCGUGCUUCGAACCAAAUUAGUAACCAAACUUGAUUGUUAUAUAAUAUGUUAUUGACAUUAUGUACAGUUUAUUAUUUUGUUUAACGCUAUUCAGUUUUUUAAAUAUAUAUUUACAUAUUUAAAUAUAUAUUUAUAUAUACAAGCUAACAUAGUACGCUUCACAUAUGACAUUAUGGCAUGUUCUUUAGUUUGCCUUUUUGUUGGUAGAGUAAUGCAAGGCGCUCCGAUUCGAGUUUAAUUCAACUGAAGAACAACAUGCACAACAAUCAGGCAUAUAUAGUAAACAGCUGCAUAUAUAUAUAAUUUAUAUAUACGCCUAGUUUAAUAUACACCCAUAUAAAGCUCACUUAUAUAUACAUAUAUAUAUAUAAAUAAAUGUAUAAUUAACAUUAUCAAGCAUACGUGUAACUAACAAGAAAGUAUUAUAGAACAAAAGUGAAAACGUGACGAGGAGAAUAAUGAAUGGAGUCGAGAGAAGUUGAAGCAAGUCACAAGCGCCCAUUUAUCAACUAUUUACAUAUGGAAAAUCGAAAUAGCAAAAAGAAAAAGCUUUAAAGGCAAACAACCCUACAAGUCUACAUAGUACUUAGCCUUUGCAUUAAUAAUAAAAACAAAACGAAAAGAAAAGAAAAGAAAGUAAGAAAACCUUAGGCAUGCUACAAAAUUUAUAUUUAAAUAAUUUGCAAUAAUUGUAAUUGGCAAAACUCGAAGCUCGAAUUGCAAUCCCAAUGUCUUGGCAUAAAUUUAUAAAUAUGAUAUAUAAAUAUUCACAAAGCAUAUCCAUUGUUUUUCAAAACAAAACUCCCAUUAAUUCUUACGUUGUUAAUUUAGUUUAUACACAUGUUUGCAAAGACAAAGGCAAGCAAAUAAAUGAAAUUAUAUUAUUUA